AACAGCACAACGGUGACCCAUCAAAAAAUGGGAGAUGAAUAAUUGAUCAGUAAGGGUUAUAUUUACCUACUUUGUUGCACUUAAUCACCAAACUUCCCUCCAUUUUUAAUGUAAAACCAAUAUCAGAUUAGACUUCUCCUUUUUUAUCUUCAGAUAAGCCAAAUAUUCAUUUGGCCCACUUUUCACCCUCAUAAUUUUUCUUGUUUUUAUUUAUCUAAAAUUUGUGUUCAAAAGAGGUUGUGGGUUGCUGUCAAACAGGAAAUUUAAAUUUGAAAUCUCUGAGGCUUAUUUUUUGGAAGUUACUCGUUCAGCAACUGCUCUCUUUAGCAUCUUUUUGCUGAUUCUGCAGGCAAAAGAUUUUUGAAAUUUAUAUAGCCUCCUUUCUUUUUAUUAAAAAGAGAACAGCUUUUUAAGUCCACACCAAAACUCCAUCAUCAUGAAACUAGAAACUAGCAUGGAACAGUCACCUAAUAUUGGAAAUUCAAGAAGGCGAGAUGAUGGAGACUUGAACUUGAGAGAAUGGUCUCUUAAGGCCAAAAUUAGCAGAGAAAAAACCAACUCAAGAAGAUUCUCAGCUUCUUAUAUUACGAGUUUUAGAGAAGAUGUAAAAUCCUUUAGAUCAAACAUAUCCAUUUCCAGUACUGCUUCUUCCCCUGGCUACACCUUAAGAGAAGAAAUUGACCCAUCAACGUACUCUUUUACCAAUGCCCUUAAAGCAUUGCAGGCAAAAACAAUAUACAGUUGGGAAUACAUGUCAUCAGAUGGAUUGGCUCUAAAUUCCAAGUGGAAUGAAGCUGAGAAAUAUAUCUGCAAUCCUUUAUCAGGGGAAGUUCCUUUGGAAUGUUUAUCUGCAAAAACACUAAGUGCGAGAUCAUUUCGACAAUUAACCAGCAAAAUCACCAUGUCUGCACCUCUAAUUUAUCCUUCUCAAAUUCAGACUCGACAAUUCCCAUCAAAACCUCCUACAAAAGUAGUACCUCAUUUGCCUAAACAUGAACUUGAAAUCCAAAUUCCAAACAAAGAGAAGGGUAGUGUUACUAGAGAUGUGGGAACACAGAGUAGUACUCCAGCUAAUUACUUAAGUUCAAAGAGUCCAAGUCCUGCUCGUACUCCAUCCAUUGAGGAUAGAUCUACAAAACGCUGCGUAGCAGAUGCUGAUGAUUCACCUAUGAGUAUGACAACUCCUGAAUCAAAAUCUGAGGAACAGGUGGAAGUGAAAGAAACAAGACGGAAAGAAGACACAAAAAUAAAUGAGGAUGAGCAGCUGGAAGAGAGAAAUAAUAAUUACAAGGUGAUGCAACAGAGCAGUACUAAUAGCAGCAAGUGCAGGCAAGGGUGUUUAUCAUGGAGGAGUUUAUGUAUGAGACAAAAGCAGCAGAGAGAGAAAAAACAUAGUAAAUCAAUAAAGAAGAAGAAGAACAUCUUUCUUUGCUAUGUAAAUGGAUGCUAAAUAGUAGAACACUAUGUCCUUUGAAAGAUUCUUUCUUUCCCUUAUCUUACUAUCACUUGUCUCUUCUCUAUUUCUCUGUUGUGUUUCUCAGAUACUACAAAAUCUAUGAGAGAAAUGAGGAACAUGAAAGUGCAAUCAUGAAUGAAUGCCAGCGCUUCAGAAUAUAUAGGGUCAUGGUUACUUCCUUUUUUAUUAUUUUAAAGAUUCUUUUUUCCGUU